AGGCAACUGCGAGCAACCGCAGAGCAGUUGUCAUUUCCGGAAUAAGAUGGCCGCAGUGCGCGUGCUGAGGACCUGGAGCCAGAGUGCUGGGCGGAUGAUUUGUGUCCGCUACUUUCAAACAUGUAGUAAUAUUCAUAGUUUGAAGCCAAAAUAUGUGUGUUUCUUUGGUUAUCCUUCAUUCAAAUAUAGUCAUCCACAUCAGUUGAUGAAAACAACUGCUGCUCUACAAGGACAGAUUGUUCAAUUCAAACUCUCAGACAUUGGAGAAGGGAUUAGAGAAGUAACUGUUAAAGAAUGGUUUGUAAAAGAAGGAGAUACAGUGUCUCAGUUUGACAGCAUCUGUGAAGUUCAAAGUGAUAAAGCUUCUGUUACUAUCACCAGUCGUUAUGAUGGUGUUAUUAAAAAACUGUAUUAUAAUCUAGACGAUAUUGCCUAUGUGGGGAAGCCAUUAGUAGACAUAGAAACAGAAGCUUUAAAAGAUUCAGAAGAAGACGUUGUGGAAACUCCUGCUGUGUCCCAUGAUGAACACACUCACCAGGAGAUAAAGGGCCAGAAGACACUGGCAACUCCGGCAGUGCGCCGCCUUGCAAUGGAAAACAAUAUUAAGCUGAGUGAAGUUGUUGGCUCAGGAAAAGAUGGCAGAAUACUUAAAGAAGACAUUCUCAACUAUUUGGAAAAACAGACAGGAGCUAUAUUACCUCCUUCGCCAAAAGCUGAAAUUAUGCCACCUCCACCCAAACCAAAAGACAGAACUAUUCCUACAGCAAUAUCAAAACCUCUGGUAUUCACAGGCAAAGACAGAACAGAACCCAUAAAAGGCUUUCAGAAAGCGAUGGUCAAGACCAUGUCUGUAGCCCUGAAGAUACCUCACUUUGGGUAUUGCGAUGACGUUGACCUUACUGAACUGGUUAAGCUACGAGAAGAAUUAAAACCCAUUGCUUCCUCUCGUGGAAUUAAACUCUCCUUUAUGCCCUUCUUCUUAAAGGCUGCUUCCUUGGGAUUACUACAAUUUCCUAUCCUUAAUGCUUCUGUGGAUGAAAACUGCCAGAAUAUAACAUAUAAGGCUUCUCAUAACAUUGGGAUAGCAAUGGAUACCGAGCAGGGGUUGAUUGUCCCUAAUGUGAAAAAUGUUCAGCUCUGUUCUGUGUUUGACAUUGCCAUUGAAUUGAACCGCCUCCAGAAAUUGGGCUCCACGGGUCAGCUUAGCACCACUGAUCUUACAGGAGGAACAUUUACUCUUUCCAACAUUGGAUCAAUUGGUGGUACCUAUGCCAAACCAGUGAUAUUGCCACCUGAAGUAGCAAUUGGGGCUCUUGGAUCAAUUAAGGCUCUUCCCCGAUUUAAUCAGAAAGGAGAAGUAUAUAAGGCACAGAUAAUGAAUGUGAGCUGGUCAGCUGAUCACAGAGUUAUUGAUGGUGCUACAAUGUCACGCUUCUCGAAUUUAUGGAAAUCCUACUUAGAAAACCCAGCGCUUAUGUUACUAGAUCUGAAAUGAAGAUUGAUGACAUCCUUGAACUUUUUGAGCUUCCAAAGAAAGUGUAGAGCCUAGCUGUGCCAGCAUAUGUUCUUCGUUGCAAUUUAUAUUAUAAAUGAUUUGUAUUGUAUGAUUAAACUUCUGAGGCACAAUAUGUAUCACUAUUCUGUCACACUUUUUACUGAAAAUGAAUAAUGGUGUACUAGUUCUCUUGGGGCUGUCACAUUUUAUAGGUCAUAGCUUGACUUCUUAAUACGGUGCUGAGGUCUUUGUGUUAAUAGAUUGAAACUGGCAAGAACUACAAAAUUAACAUUAAUAUAAGACAAGUAACCAUAUACAGUAUUUGCCCUAUUUUUUCUUCUUAUUUUGAACUGACUCUUAAUGAAAGUUUUCAAUUAUGCUUAGUUGAGAAAAGGAACUUAUAUACAAAAAUAUUUUCCAUUUCCCCACAAUAAUGCUAAUUGCUGUAUAAUUAUAAAUAAGUGCAAUUAUACUUAGCAUUUAAGAUAUCCAGGAGUAUGUUACUCUAUAUGGAUCACCUGUAAAUGUCUUAUUUAUAUAAAUUAAUCUUUUAAAAGGGAAAAUUAUAAGCGGCUACUAAAAUGCCAAAUUAUAGUUUUAUACCCAGUAAAGAGGGAGGAGAAAGAGAGGAGAGUCUAAUGGGUAAUUAUGGACAUUAAAAUAAAAGAACAAUUUAUAUAGACAUGAAGCUAUCAUGAUCAUUUUGUUAGAGGCCCGCUUUAAUCAGAAAUAGCAUCACAAUGAAUAUGAUCCAACAUUUUGAUUUGCAUUCGGAAAUUCAAUUGCUAAAAAUAUUAUCUAACUGAAAAUUGCAUGUUCGAGUGAAAUUAUGAUUCAAAAUUUUUUUUAAUAUCUACUUGAUUGUUUUCAUAAUGGAAAUGAUUAAAUUAGAAAAUAAUGGAUCAAAUGAAUGUUGUUUUUUAAAUUCAGAUAAUAAUGGAGAGUUGCAAAGAAAAUAAAGUCAUCCAGAAUCCUACCACUAUUAACAUUUUGAUCAAUAUGUCUGUAUACAUAGCUAUUCUUUUUAUAAAAAUGAGAUCAUACUAUACUGUUUUAUAAUUUGGGUUUUUUUAAUGUAACAUUAUAUUAUGGGUAACUUUAGACGUUAAUAAA